AUGGACGAACAGGCGUUGAACGAGCUACUGGAAUGUUCCGUCUGCCUAGAGAGACUUGACCACACAAGCAAAGUGUUACCAUGCCAACAAUUUUGUCGCAGAUGUCUCGAAGAGAUAGUGAGCACAAAAGAGCUUCGAUGUCCUGAAUGUAGAACACUAGUUUCGUACCGUGUUGAGGACCUGCCAUCUAACAUUCUGCUAAUAAGGUUACUGGAGGGUCUAAAAAAUGCCAACCAGACAGCUUCUACGUCGACAGGACCUGCUCUAAGGUCUAAAUCAUCUUCAUCAUCAACUUCAUCAUCAUCAGCAUCUAGACGUCAUGAAAGCCUUCCUGUUCUUGGAUCCAAUACAAAACGACAGUUUGAAGCAAAUGCAUUAUACAGCUAUGAAGCCAAAGAAUCUGGAGACUUGUCAUUUAAAAAGGGUGAUAUAAUUACAAUUUGCCACCAAGUUGAUCAAAAUUGGUACCAUGGGAAACUUGAUGGUCAAGAAGGCUAUUUUCCAUCCAGUUAUGUCCAGGUGGUUAAUAAUUUUAAUUCAACUGUGCCCCAAGUGAAGGCCUUGUAUGACUUUGAUAUUAAUGAUGAAAAUGAAAAAGAUUGUCUGAAAUUCUCAAAGGAUGAAGUACUUCAGUUAAUUAGGAAAGUUGAUGACAACUGGUUGGAAGGAAGAAGAGGAGACAAAAUUGGAAUUUUCCCACUUCAUUUGUUGAGUCCCUUCAGUCAUUCACUAAAUGAGGCUGCAAAGCUUCUGGUUUCUUCAAGAACUAGUCGCUCAGUGUCUACUUCCUCGGAAGGAAAUUCAAGUACUGCUGGAAGCAGUAGGACAACAUCUACGCCCUCACCUUCUGCUCGUCAAAGUUUACAAUUCCAGAAGCUAUGGUAUCACUACCAGCAACAGCGUGUAGCCCUUCCUCCACCAUCGAGUACUUCUGCUGCAGCUGCUGCGACUUCAGCACCACCACUGCCACCAAAUUCUUCACUUGCUGCAAUGCAGAAGAGGCACUCGUUCACAGCUACAUCACAUACCCAUUCUGCAGGUUCUUCACCUACAAUCCAACAGCGAAGAUCUCUAGAACUAUCUCCAAGCUCUGGAGCCUUGCCGUUAAAUUCUCCAUUACAUGUCACUUUGCCUCCACCUCCAGCCCCAGCAAGCUGUUCUUCCAGUAUGAAUCCUGCAAAACUUGUGCCCCAUUUGGACACUUAUGGUAAUAAGUCUGGAGAAGAGGGAAAGCCAAGCAGUGCAGAGAUCAAUGCAGCCAGUCCACCACAUUUUGGAAAGAAUGUCAUAUAUUCGGCUCUUUACAAUUACAAGCCGCAGAAAGAUGAUGAAGUUGAGUUACAUAAAGGUGAUCAGUACACUGUUACCGAAAAAUGCCAAGAUGGCUGGUAUAAAGGUUGUUGUUUGAAAACUGGAAUCAGUGGAGUUUUCCCAGGGAACUAUGUUCAAAUUUCCAGAUCUGCAAAUUAUUUUGGUGCAGCCCACUCUAGAACGAAGGAUAUGCCUUCUUCACCUUCAUUGUCAUCAGAUAUAAGUGAUUCCCCUAGCUCAAUGUUCUUCAGCUCACCACCACCUCCAUGCAGUGGCAAUGCUGACACACCACCACCAGCACCUCCACCAGCUACCGUUUUCCAACCACACCUCCGCUCCAGUGGCUCACUCUCUACAAGUUGUACUUCUUCGGGGACAAGCAGUGGUACAGGACCACACCGUUCAGCUGUAACUAGCACUGCAGUGCUGCCAACACGAUCACGUGCACUGCAUUCAACAUCAUCAUCAGCACCCUCCACUUCCUCAUCUAUACUGGCUGCUGCUUACAGCAGCAGUAACAACAACAAUAACAAUAAUAACAAUAAUAUUAAUAAUAAUAAUAGCACUGUUACUACUACCACCACCACAACUACCACAGGUACUGCCACUAGCAGCAGAAUUGGUGCACCAUCAUCUUCAUCCAUAGUUAUACCUUCAAUGCAGAUUGCAACAAACUCAACUCCCGAAAGCAGUUCUGCAAAAGUUCACCAUUCACCCGCUGCAGCUGGUACACCAGCAAGUGCAAAGAAUUCAGGUGCAAGUGUAGUCGCUGCCACACACCAUGCUCAAAAUGUUAAUCCUCCUCGAAGGAUUGUGGAUUUCGCCUUCUCGCCGAUGCAACAUUCCAUGUCAGCUACUGCUAAUACCACAACCCCACCUAAUGUUGUAGCUGGACUUACACCUAGUUCGUCAUCGACACAUCACAGCUCAAAAGAAAAGAAAGAAAAGAAGGAACGAGACAAGCCUAGUUUAGUGAAAAGAUUAACUCUGGGUAAAAACAAGAAGACAAAGUCCCCCUCCGAUGCUGAAAACACGAUAUUUCAAGUUACACCUGAUACAAGUCAUGCAAGAUACCGUUGCAUUGCUCCUUAUCCACCACAAGGAGAAAUGGAACUAGAACUGAAAAUUGGAGAUAUUGUAAUGGUGUACAAAAAGUGGGAGAAUGGAUGGUACAAAGGAGCACAUCACCGAACAGGAAAAAAUGGUCUUUUCCCUGGCAGUUUUGUAACCAAAUGUGAUUAAUUCCUCAAUGAAACCACUUUCUUUCAUUCACUCAAUCUCUCAAUCACAUUUGUAUACACAUACAGACACACAUAGAUACACUCACACACCCACACAUUACACAGCAUAUUUAUCUGUACACACUUACUAUAUAAUCUUUCAGACACACAGGCACACAGAAACUUUCAAGUAAUUUGUAUAUCUAUAUUUAUAAAUGUUCUUUUGUGUGUGUGCGUGUAUGCAUGUGUGCGUGUGUGUGAAUAUGCAUGUACGUUUGACACCGGAUGCUAUAAGAUUGAUUCACAGAUUACUCUAUAUGAUCACAAAAGUUUGUCUUUUUAUUGCUCGUUUGUAUAUAUGUAUACACACAAGUAAAACUCGUGAAAGUGUGCAGUAUAAACAGAAAUUUAAUAUAAUAAAGGUAAAUUUUAAACACCACCACCUCCAUCACAUCUACAUCCAAAUAUACAGAUACUUUCUUAAAAAACAAAGUGGCAUGUAGUUAAUUUUCUUCUUUCAUUGGGUUUUUUAAGCGAUGGAAUUUUUUUACUUGUGUUUGUGGUGUGUUUAUGUUGAUAUUUGUGGGUUAACAGAAGAGAAAAUUAAAUUUUUCUCAUCUAACAGAAAAUAAAUUUAUCUCUCAAAUGGAUAAAAUAUGCUAAUUAUAUUUAUAUAUUUUUUUAAAUGUUCAUAUUUGUAUAUUUGUUUUCACACAUAUACACACAUGCAAAUACAUGCAUAUGUUCAGAACACAAACAGAAUUCUUAAACAAUAAACAUAACUAGGUGUUUUUUAUAUAAUCUAAGUAAGUGUUU